GCCAAAACCAUUUUCAAAUUUAUUGAAUAAUUGCCCAAAAUUAUCAAAGAACAGAGAGUGAUUAACUGAAAAACACAAAAGCAAAAACAUGGCAGUUUCAAGGAUUUCUUUGGGUAUAUUUGCGGUCAUUGCUAUAAUUUGCACCAUUAUUUUGCCCAUGGCUCAGGCACAAUCCACCUCUCCCGCUCCUGCGCCCACAAUCACAAGCGAUGGCACCGCAAUUGACCAAGGAAUAGCAUAUGUUCUAAUGUUGGUGGCUUUGGCGCUCACAUACCUUAUUCACUAAUUUGGCAGCAGAACGUACGUUGCAUUAAUUUAUGAAGUAGUAAAUGUUUCCUGGUUUGAAUUUUGAUGAUGGGGAAGGGAACUAAAACAACACAAAAGCAGCAUCGAAAAUAUUACUUCAAUGCCAAUGGUGUGCACUACAUGCAGAUUGCAGUGUAGUUAGGAAGAUCGGGUUGUUUCGAGGGAAGCUAAUUUGGAGGAAUGUUUCAUUUUGAAAUUUUCUCCUCUAUGUUUUAAAUGUUUCUGUAGUAAUGAUAAUGUUCUUCGU